UAAUAAAAAUGCUGACCUCUAGUGACUAUUUAGUUACUCGUUUCCUGUGAAAGAUUGUUUUUGAAUUAUGCGAGCUAAUUUAUCUUUUGACUAAAUUAGUCAACAUUAGAUGUUGUACAAUUACCUUAAACUUAUAUUUUCCUAAUUUAUAUUCUUCUACAAAUUUUGGUAGAAUGUCAGUUUUUGUUAGAUCACGAAUACAAAAUAAGUAACAAUUGAAAAAAAUCGAACUGUUGAGGAUUUUGUUUAUAUAGACAUUAAUAUGACUUCAAGACUUAAAGUGCUAAGAAAAGAAAUAAAGUAUUUAAAAGAAAUCUUCUCUAAAGAACAUAAUGUUUUGUGCAUCAAAACAGCAAACGUAGAUGACAUAUCUUUAUCGUACAUUGGUAUAGACAAUAAAGUACAUGAUAUAUCAUGCAGUAUUGCUGGAAUGUAUCCAGAUGUUGCUCCUAUUUGGUUUUCUGAAUCAGAAGAUCACAAACUUUCUGGUAUAAUAGAAUAUAUUAACACAUUAUCAGCAAAGAAAAAUCUUUUAGUUUUCAUGACGACAACUUUAGCUGUUGAAUUAUACAAAUUAAACAAUCUUGAAAUUCCUGCAACAUUAAAAGAUGUAAAACUUCCAGAUGAAUUGGAUGAGCCUAUAACCAUGGAAGAAUUUGUGGAGGACGAAGACACAAUGCAUGUUAUAGACGAAGAUGAUAAUUUUGAUGCCCAUGUUGAAUAUGAUGCAGAUGUUUUAAGCGAUGAAAAAAAUGAAAAAGAAGAACUAGGCUUGGAUAGCUUUACGCAAUUGCAAAAUCUGCGCAUAUCACAAAGACAAGAAUUUUUAUCAGGUAGAAUAAGUGGUUCUGUGCAAGCUACUGAUCGAUUAAUGAAAGAGUUAAAAAAUAUAUAUAAGUCAAGCAGUUUUAAAUUAAAAAUAUAUACAAUAGAGUUAAAAGAUGGUACCAACUUGUAUGAUUGGUAUGUUAAGCUGAAAGGAUUCGAUAAAGAAAGUGGUUUGUAUAAGGAUCUGCAAACACUAUAUAAAAAAGACUUAAAAACAGAUCAUAUUUGUUUUAAUAUUACAUAUUCGUCAAGAUUUCCAAUGGAACCUCCCUUUAUUAGAAUAUGUUAUCCUGUUAUAUCUGGAGGCUAUGUUUUGAGUGGUGGAGCUCUGUGUAUGGAGUUGCUAACACCUGAAGGUUGGAGCAGCGCUUAUAGCAUUGAAGCAGUAAUAAUGCAAAUAUCUGCUACAUUAGUCAAAGGAAAAGCUAGAGUUGAUUUUUCGGGCACCAAAAAAGUUGAUAUUGUUUAUUCAAGUCAUAAAGCAGAAGCGGCACACAGGUCUCUAGUAAAAAUACACAAAGAUACCGGUUGGUUUACACCUCCUAAAGACGAAGGGUGAUGGAACUCUUAAAAAAUUUUGUUUAUUUUAUGUGACUUAUCUAUUGUUCGUUGCUAUGUUUGUUUGCUUUUUCGUUUUCUAAAAGAUAUAAAAUCUAUAGAAUUGUAUA